AUGGUGGACGCGGCACCCACCCUCGUGGAGGAAGUCUCUGCCCCAGAGCCUUCCGUGGAGGCAGAGGCCGCAGCGCCCGAGCAGUCGAAGAGCGCUAAGCGCCUGGCUAAGAAGAAGGCCGCAGCAGAGAACGCUGCAGCCAACGACGGGGCCGGGGCUGAGGGCGCCGAGGUCCCACAGCCCGGGACGCCCCCAGAGGAGGAGGAGGGUGCAGGGGCUGCCGACAGCGACGAGGAGCCAGAGACCCCCUCGGCAGGGGAUGUGGUGACCAAGAAGAAGAAGAAGAAGAACAAGAAGAAGAAGGCCGGGGCUAGUGCGGGGGCCGGCGCUGGGGAAGGAGCCGCAGCGCCCACUGAGCAGACCGACCCUCCCUCCAUUCCCGUCCGCCUGCUCUUCCCCAGCGGCGUCUACCCCGAGGGAGAAUGGCAAUCUUACAAGGAGGACCAGCUGUGGCGCGAGACCAGCGAGGAGAAGCGGGCGCUGGAACGGCUGGAGAAGGAUGUGAUCAAUGAGGUGCGCCAGGCGGCAGAGGUCCAUCGCCAGGCAAGAAAGUACGUCCAGAGCAUCGCCAAGCCCGGCAUCCUCCUGUCCGACAUGUGUGAGAAGCUGGAGAACUCUGUGCGGCUGAUGAUCGAGGAGCGGGGCCUGGCGGCGGGCAUCGCCUUCCCCACCGGCUGCUCCCUGAACCAUGUGGCGGCGCACUACACCCCCAACGCCGGGGACAAGACGGUGCUGGGAUACGACGACGUGAUGAAGGUGGACUUUGGCACGCAGAUCAACGGCCGCAUCAUCGACUGCGCCUUCACCGUGGCGCACAACCCGCGUUACGCGCCGCUGCUCGACGCGGUGCGCGCGGCCACCGACGCCGGCAUCCGCGCCGCGGGCGUGGACGUCAGGCUCUGCGACAUCGGCGCGGAGGUGCAGGAGGUCAUGGAGUCGUACGAGGUGGAGCUGGACGGCCGCACCUUCCCCGUUCGCGCGGUGCGCAACCUGAACGGGCACAGCAUCUCGCCCUACCGCAUCCACGGCGGCAAGAGCGUGCCCAUCGUUAAGGGCGGCGAGGCCACUCGCAUGGAGGAGGGCGAGUUCUUCGCCAUCGAGACCUUUGGCUCCACGGGCAAGGGCUACGUGCGCGAGGACCUGGAGGUCAGCCACUACAUGAAGAACUUCGAGGUGGGCCACGUACCCCUGCGCCUGCCCCGCGCCAAGGCCCUCCUGGCCACCAUCGACCGCAACUUUGGCACGCUGGCCUUCUGCAGACGGUACCUGGACCGGCUUGGGGAGGAAAAGUACCUCAUGGCGCUGAAGAACCUGUGCGACGCCGGGGUCAUCGACCCUUACCCACCCCUGGUGGAUAACAAGGGCUCAUACGUCGCCCAGUACGAGCACACCAUCUACCUGCACCCCACACGCAAAGAGGUGCUGUCGCGUGGCGACGACUACUGA